AUGUGUAACACGAAUACGGGGAAAUGCGUUGACGUCAGAACAGCGAUCGACAACUUUUUAGUAUCGCAGAAACCUGGAUCUUGGCCGAAGAUCUAUUUAGACGCCCAUGAUGGAAGCCUACUGCAAGGACGGAGGAGGCUACAACGUGAAGGCUCCCAAAUCGUGGAAACUUCGUCAUACGUAUACGUCGGACGUUCUAUGAACAUGGAAAACGACUUGAAGGAAGAACUGAAUAGAAGAAUGAGAGCAGCAUGGGCAGCAUUCGCACCCGUCAAGGAAGCUACGGACAAACUGACGAACCAAGAUCUUCGUCCCCAUCUGUUUGACUCUGCAGUUCUUCCAGCGCUCUGUUACGCAGCGGAGACGUGGGGAGACACCGCUGCCACGUCUAGGAAGCUACUUACUACCCAUAGAGCCCUUGAGAGAUAG